CUAGCGUUCGACCUCACAACCCGCGCUGCGACCGCGUUUAAAUUGCACAUUUAUCAAAGCUCUCUCAUUCACUAAUCAUCUAAACUAAACGAUGUAAAGCUUGGUGAAGCUGUUUACGUGGAAAACAUCGGGUGAGGUACUCAACGUGUCGGUUCGAAAACAAUGUGCAAAUAAGAUUUGGGUGUGUCAUUAAAAAUUGACAAUAGCUCAGAACCAUUUGGUGACUCAUGCGCAUAGUGUAAGCACGAUGAGUUUUCUAUCAUCCUUAAGCCAAUAUGUGGCGGGAGUGGCAGACAGUGUGGCAGGAUUGGCGCUAUCUCCGCGCCGAGUUCCACCAUCACGACAUCGGUCAGCUGAGGAGUCACAACAACAACCGCAGUCCUCAGCUGCAACCAUGAGAGGAUUUCCUCGAGUUUUACCAACGGAAGGUGCAUCAGCUCUGAACGCUCGAAGGAGGACUUUGGAUUGCCUGGCUCCAGCCUCCGCUCCAAGGCGUGGUGGAUCGUUGCGCGUGGCUCGACACCAACAACCACCAGAAAAACCAUCCAUGGCUUUCUGCAAGCGUCGCCUGUCUUGGCCUGAAGUCGAUAACUCUGUUAAUUCCGGGGUUCAAGACACCGAUGGUUCAUACUUCGAAAGCUUCACGGCUCUAUCUUGGCGACAAGAAAAUCGACGGCUAGCUGCCCUGCGUUUGGCUGAAGCUAGAGCUGAACGUCCACCGCCUGCUCCUCAUGAUCUGGGCUUACCAAGCGUCUCGGCUCAGCUGUCGCACAAAGAACAUGAACAUCUUUACACUGAGGUCCUAUACUGCAUUGAGAACGCAGUAGGCGCACCAGCCCCAGGCGGUCAAUUCGCAGCAUACAAGGAAGAAGUGAUUGAGUACGCCCGACGGGCUUUUCGCGUGUCACCAGAAGUACACGCUAGGGCUCUUAGGGCUGCAGACAGUGAACGUCCACCUACGGUAGUGCUGGGCUGCGCUGUUAUAGAGGCUGAUGGACUUGAAGCUAAAGACGCUAAUGGCUUCAGUGACCCAUAUUGCAUGCUGGGUAUCCAGCCAGCGUCGCUGCCAGCUUCUCCCCGGGCGUCGGAAGAUGAAGGUCGCAAACAUGGCUUCAGGCUGAGCUUCAAACGGCGAGACGGGCGCCAGCAACGAGACAGUCUCGGCAGACUGCCAGCUCGAUACAUUCGCGCCACAAGUGUGCGACCUCACACUCUCUCGCCUAAGUGGAAUGAAACAUUCAAAUUUGAUAUAGACGAUAUAUCCUCGGAUGUUCUACACCUGGAUAUCUGGGAUCAUGAUGACGAGAGCUCAGUCCUGGAUGCAGUAUCUCGGCUUAAUGAGGUGCGAGGUGUUCGUGGUCUGGGUCGUUUCUUCAAGCAGGUCUGCCAAAGCGCUAGGCAGGGAAGCCAGGAUGAUUUCCUAGGGUGUGUAAACAUUCCAUUACGAGAGAUCCCAUCUACUGGAGUGGAGGCUUGGUACAAGUUGGAUGCUCGAUCUCAACGCUCAUCUGUCCAAGGCCGUAUUCGGCUUAGGCUUUGGCUGUCUGCCAGGGAGGCUGGAAGGCACGACGAUGACAACUGGCAACAGGUCCGUCAACAUGAGCGCCUAUUUGGAGUUCUACUUUCCCACGAAGUUGAAACAGCGGCUAACGUUGCAUGUGAGGGCGCUGAGAGUGACAGCCAUGCAUGGGAAGGUGACCUUUGUGGGGCAGCUCAAACAUUGUUGCAUCAGCACGCCGUGCAGGGGGAUAUGAGUUCCCUGCAGGCAGCGAUUGCUCGCUUUGCAGCAGCUUGCAGACUUAAUAGCGAAGCUCCUCUUGAUCCCAAGUAUAUGUUUAAACUGCUCAACGAACUGGAAAGAGCAUGGUGCGCCAGCGAGGCUUUAGUCGGAAGUGGUAGUGGUGAUGCCGGCGCCUGCGCAUCAAGAGAUGAAGAGCGUUGGUUAGCUGAUUGCUUUGGCGAGUUAGUCGAACGGGCCUUACACCAACUAAGACUUCACCGGGAUCUAUACCCUGUGCUUCAUCACCUAAGUUUGAACAAAUUGGAAUAUCUGCUGCGGUGUUUGAACCAGCUGUCGCAGAUGAAAGCGUUUUGGCGUUGCUGCCCAUUUAGCAAGGAAAUGAGAAGUGAGAUAGUUGGAGCUCUUCGGAAAGGCACAGCUGAAUGGUACGAUGCGCUAUGUGCCCAAGAUACGGAGUCAGAACGCGGUGAAGACCUAGUCAACCUCCUCACACUAGUCCAAAUUGACCUGCAACAAGGGCUUACAUACUAUCACCCGUUAUUCGAAACAACUAACAACGUACCCUACUUCAACGUGGUUUUCACACAAAUCGAUAAAAUGGUAUCCGAAGAUGUGAAGCAAUGUGUUGAGCACUGGAUCUCUGAAGGCUGGUGCGGCGUCGCUGAGGAGGAAGGCUAUGAUGAACACGUAUGCAAUAUAGUAGCAGCAAAGACGUUGCCAUUCGAAGUACUAGCAGCAGUGAGGGAGCUGAGUGCAGCGGCUUCGCCUGCGCCGCUACCUCAUCCGCACGACCCGCCACCACAGAUGCUUGAUGCCUAUCAAUGGUUCGAGCCCCUAAUCGAUCGUUGGUUGGCGGUCACCAAAACUAUGGCGCUGCAAAGAGUGCGAGCAGCCGUAGAACUUGAUCGACCCGUUGACGGGGAACAUAUUGUGAAACAUAGCACAUCCUCAGUAGAUACAGCGGCAUGUUUAUACCACAUGAGGCUUGUCUGGCGUUCCAUUGGUGGAGCUGAAGAAGGUACUCUAGGAGGAAGCGUGAGACUUCUAGAGGCGGCUUGUGCAACCGCUUUGCACUACGCCGAUUUAGUACACGGUGCAUUAGCUGACCAGGGAUAUUACGAAAACCAUGGUCAGAAUAAAUCAACUGAAGAGAUUUGUACAAUUGUUAACAAUCUGGAGUACGUUCGCCGUUCUCUGUCAGAAUACGACGAUGAGCAGAUUUCUAACGACGAGAACUCCCGCCAACUGGUUCGCGGUGCCUUGGGUACCCUGGAGUGUCGGUCGAUUCGUGCUGCCGUCCCGCUUGCAGUGAGGGCUCGGCCCCCUCUCCGCAAGGCUGUCUUCCACCUCGCCUGGUCGCCUGACUCACUCCCCACACAGCAGGCAAUAACACCGCUAUUGGAGUAUUUGGAUCAACAUCUAUCAUCUUUGAACACGUGGUUGUUGCCACGAGCCUUCACAAGGGCUUUAGCGGCCUGUUGGAACGCUGUUCUCAAGGAGGUAUCAAACCAAGCAGACUCGGGAGGGGCAGAGAAACCCCGAGUCUAUCAUCACAGAUUGAAGGAAGCGUUGGAUCUUCUUGCUGAAUUCAUCCACGCUGAAGGAAAAGGUCUCCCAAUGACGGAAGUGCACAAUACCGAAUGGAAACGACUAGAACAACGAAUGCAAUAUCACCAAGCACCAACUGAAGAGUUGCUAGAGCUUUGGCUAGAGGACCGAUUAACAGAUCAAGGGCGGACACCAUUGCCUUCGCCCUACGGGUCCAUCUUAAUCAGAGUGUACUUCAAUCACGACUCUCUAUGUGUGGAAAUACUGUCGGCGCAUGACGUGAUUCCGCUCGAUCCGAACGGAUUAAGCGACCCUUUCGUGGUGCUCGAGUUGCUACCCAAGAGGCUCUUUCCCAAAACACACGAACAGACCACUAAUGUACAAAAGAAAACACUUAACCCUGUGUGGGACGAGUGUUUCGAGUUUGCCGUGUCCUUGGAGGCGUGUCGGUCACCGCAAGCGACCCUGGCUUUAUCCGUGUGGGACCGGGAUGUGCUGACCGCGGAUGAUUUUGCCGGGGAAGCCUUUGUACCCAUCUCACGUGUGCCCGGGGUCAAUAGUCACGCACCGCCGGACCCUCUGAGGCCCAUAGAGCUACCACUUAUGCAGUUACAUGAUCGGGGACAUCCGAUUUUGCAGAUUCUGGAAUCUCGAAACACGGAUAAAAUGGCUAUGGAUUUCAUUAAAAAACAAAAACUGCGAUUCGCUGAAUAAAUUUUUAUUUAAUUUCAAUUGUAUUUACAAAUGUAACCUAUAUACCUUCGCUGUUUCUGUCUGCACAACGUCCAUUUAACAUUUCGACAAUAUAUUAUUGAAAAGUAUAUUUAAAAAGAUUUCGAUGUAUUUAAAGAGUUGGUUUUUACAAAAGUAUGAGAUAAGAAAAUUUUAUCAGUAUUAAAUUAUAGAUGUAUAUGUAUAAUUAAUGUGUACCAAAGACUGUAUCUUGUAUUGAGAGAAUAUUGCGUAUGUUGGUUUUCUAAAUAUAUAUGUAUGUAUAUUUACUGUAUAGCCUGCACUCUCAGAGCUUAUGUCCCUAGUUGUUAGAAUCUAGUAGAAAAUCCCGACCAAGUAUUAUAAGACUUGUUGUUGUGUUUGUAGUUCUCUAUGAAUAUGAAAGACCUGAACAAACGUAGCAAUUUCACAUUCUACCAAAUAUGAUUAAAUAUAAUACAAGUUUCAUUAAGUUGUCGAAAGUAUCGCCUACUUGAACGUCGAGGUUAUAAAAGUAAAUUAAAUUGUCCCGACAAACGAUUCAGUGUGAAUUCAGUGCUCAAGUCGGGUUAAACAAAAAAAAGUAAGGCGUUUUUGUAACUGAAUCGUUCAUUCCAUCAUCCAACAUUUAUUACGCGACCUUUACAUAGAACCAGGUUUAAUAACGCUUAAUUUAAGAUGCCAUGUUCUAAGCUCGCAUGAUAUCUAUUAUUUGAAGAGUCUACCUGUCUCAAAGAUGGUAGGAGCAUGCAAUCUAGAGACAGACUUGGACGCAUUUAGUUUGUUAUCACAGAAGGCAAAAGAUCAAGUGGCCGUCUUCAAAGCUAUACAGUGUAAUAAGGGAAGGGAUGGACAGAAACAGAUGGAGGCAGGUGGUCCGCUCUAGAUGCUUCGUUGCUGACCACGACGCUCAGACAUGAGCUGCCGACUACAGAGAGAGAGUUUGUUAUCAAAUUGCUACGUUUGAGCGGUCCCAUUUUAACCAUAGACUAGUUUUAAUUAAAAUUUCGUUAUCAAUAUCCCUCAUGGCUUUGCCUUCUGAUCUCACCUUUCUUGCACAGCUCCCACCGCAAAACUUUGUGCCACAACCUAAGCUUUAAUGUGAGCUUCAGAGCGUUGAGAAGUUCUAUCAUACCUAGUUCUUGUCUUGUCGACUGAUUUUUCAUUGUUAGUCUUAAGUAUUUGUAAUUAGGGAUAUUUAGUAUUUUAUAAUCGAUGUGAAAAUUUUCAAUGUGUAUACAAUUGUAGAAGCGUAUUGAUGUUUAUAAAGUAAGAUUUCUAUGCGAAUUUUCCGCUUGAUUUCAUUAGAGCGUUUAUUGUGAAACGAUAAUGUAUUUUAUUUACAAAACACUGAACUAUUUUUGUAUUUAAGUUUUUUUGGAAUACUUUAUCGCUAUUUAUAAAACGAAUGCCAAAUUAUUUUGUGUUAUUUACAUCUUCUAUUGACAUAGUCGAUAAGUGAAAAUAUGUUAUUAAACAAAUAUCACACAGAGUCACUAAUUUAUGAAGCGAUACAUAAUGUCAUGAAAAAUAUUGUAGUAAUCGUGAAUAUUUUAAAUUCCUUCAUGACGUUGAAUAAUUUAUGAAAAGUUAUAUGAAAUUUUA